AUUAUCUGUGCCACAAUGGGCAGCAUAAAGGACUUAGAUAGAGCUGGAGGAGGAAAUGAUAUUCAGUGGUGUUUUUCUCAGGUGAAAGGGGCUGUAGAUGAUGAUGUAGCAGAAGCGGAUAUAAUUUCUACGGUAGAAUUUAACCAUUCUGGAGAAUUACUAGCAACAGGAGACAAAGGAGGUAGAGUUGUCAUCUUUCAGCAGGAGCAGGAGAACAAAACCCAAUCUCACAGCAGAGGAGAAUAUAAUGUUUACAGUACCUUUCAAAGCCAUGAACCAGAGUUUGACUACUUGAAAAGUUUAGAAAUUGAAGAAAAAAUCAACAAAAUUAGGUGGUUACCCCAGAAAAAUGCUGCUCAGUUUUUAUUAUCUACAAAUGAUAAAACAAUAAAGUUAUGGAAAAUCAGUGAAAGGGACAAAAGACCAGAGGGCUAUAACUUGAAGGAAGAGGAUGGACGAUAUAGGGACCCCACUACGGUUACAACACUACGGGUGCCAGUAUUCAGGCCCAUGGAUCUUAUGGUCGAAGCCAGUCCACGAAGGAUAUUUGCCAAUGCUCACACGUAUCACAUCAACUCCAUCUCCAUUAAUAGUGAUUAUGAAACAUACCUAUCUGCAGAUGACUUGCGGAUUAAUCUCUGGCACCUAGAAAUAACAGACAGAAGUUUUAAUAUUGUAGAUAUAAAGCCUGCCAAUAUGGAAGAACUGACAGAGGUCAUAACAGCUGCUGAGUUCCACCCAAAUAGCUGUAACACAUUUGUAUACAGCAGCAGUAAAGGAACAAUCCGUCUGUGUGACAUGAGAGCAUCAGCACUCUGUGACAGACAUUCAAAAUUGUUUGAAGAACCAGAAGACCCUAGCAACAGAUCUUUUUUCUCUGAAAUCAUCUCUUCCAUAUCUGAUGUCAAAUUCAGCCACAGCGGUCGAUAUAUGAUGACUAGAGAUUAUCUGUCAGUUAAGAUCUGGGAUUUAAAUAUGGAAAACAGACCUGUGGAAACAUACCAGGUGCAUGAAUACCUCAGAAGUAAACUUUGUUCACUGUAUGAGAAUGACUGCAUUUUUGACAAAUUUGAGUGCUGUUGGAAUGGAUCAGAUAGCGUUGUCAUGACGGGAUCAUACAACAACUUCUUCAGAAUGUUUGACAGAAACACAAAGCGAGACAUCACCUUAGAAGCAUCACGGGAAAACAAUAAACCCCGUACUGUUUUGAAGCCGCGCAAAGUCUGUGCAAGUGGCAAACGGAAGAAGGAUGAAAUUAGUGUUGACAGCCUAGACUUCAACAAGAAGAUACUCCAUACAGCCUGGCAUCCCAAGGAAAAUAUCAUUGCUGUAGCUACUACAAACAACUUGUAUAUAUUUCAGGACAAGAUGAAUUAGGGUUGGCAUUCCUAACAGAAGAGUCCACUUCCUGCAUAGUUGAGAUAGUUGAAUCUAGCAUUUGUACCUGUAAACGAAAGAAUGAGAGAGGUCCAUUGUGGCACCCCUUUCCAGUGUUUAAAAAUGUGCCAUAUGACAACACAUUUUGAUAGCUACAUGGAGGAAGCUCUGUUGAUCCAUCACUGUUUUUCUCCAUGUCUGCUAGCCAUUUAGGUGAAGGUAGGGCACUUUGUAAUUUAAUGACUACUUGCACCAUCUUGCCUAAUGGACUAGAUUGGACUGUAUCAACAUUGGUUUACUCCACUUUUUAUGCCUUCCAUUGUGAUCAAGUCAAACACAGGGAAAGCCUUCAGUCAUGCUAUGGGAUUUAAUUGUGUAACCUCAUUACUGUAUCAUUUGUGGCCCUUUUUUAUUAAAUACAGCUCAUUCUUGCUGUGGCUUGUAGCAUUCCUCCUUCUGACCUCCUGGAUUCCCCUUUUUUCCCUUUCAUCCCCCUCCACCCAGCCCUGGUGGUGGUGUAUAGGCAAAAACAAAACAAAGCACAUGAAAUUGGGUCAGUUUGGGGUCAGUGGUAAAGGGGGUCUGUGUUGCGAACAAAUGUUUUAAUAAACAGUUGACUGUAAUCACUCCUUGCCGUGUCUGGCACCAAAAACAAAAAAAUAAGGAAAGAAAACUACUGAAUAAAAGUGACAAAGAAUGGA